CCAAACUAAUUGAACUAAAAUCUAUAAUCGAUAAUCAACAUGAUCGCUAAAUACAUUCUAAUAUUAUGUGCCUUUACCAUUGGCACUUCGAUGGCCAAUUGGCAGAUGGUCUGGCAAGAUGAAUUCAAUGGUGGACAUUUGGAUCAAAAUCAUUGGGAAUUCGAAACCGGUGGCGGUGGCUGGGGUAACAAUGAAUUGGAAUUCUAUACUGCUAAUCGUUCGCAAAAUGUACGCGUUGAAAAUGGCCAUCUUGUGAUCGAUGUACGUGUUGAAUCAUAUGGUGGUCGAGAUUUUACGUCGGGUCGAAUUCAUUCAAAACAAGCUUGGGCAUAUGGUAAAUUUGAAGCUCGUGCUCGAUUACCAAGUGGUCAUCAUCUUUGGCCAGCAAUUUGGAUGUUUCCAAGAGAUAGUAAAUAUGGCCCAUGGGCUGCAAGUGGUGAAAUCGAUAUCAUGGAAUAUCGUGGUGAUGUUCACGACAAAAUUGAAGGAACCAUACAUUAUGGUGGACAAUGGCCGAAUAACAUCUACACCGGUAGUGGACCUCAUCAUUUCAAUGUUGAUUUUAGCAAAGAUUUCCAUAAUUUCGCUGUUGAAUGGGAUACAAAAGAAAUCCGUUGGUACAUGGAUGGAAACAAAUAUUUUAGUGUUAACAUUGAUCGAAAUAUGUGGUCGGGUAAAGGUAAUAAUCCUUACAAUAAAAAUGGUCAACCCUUCGAUCAACCAUUCCGUUGGAUUUUGAAUGUUGCUGUCGGUGGAAAUUUCUUUGGUCCAGGACCAUAUGUUACACCUGAUCAAGCACGUCAUUGGCAAAAACAUACCAUGGAAAUUGAUUAUGUUCGUGUUUUUCUUUUGUUUUCAACCCUUGUUCUACUUGCUGGAACAACACAAGCUGAAUGGCGACUUGUCUGGCAAGAUGAAUUUAAUGGUAAUCAUGUGGAUUUAAGCCAAUGGGGUUUUGAAGUUGGCGGUAAUGGUUGGGGUAAUAAUGAAUUGGAAUUCUAUACGUAUAAUCGAACCGAAAAUGCUCGAAUCGAAAAUGGAAAUUUGGUAAUCGAUGUUCAUGUUGAAGAUUAUCGUGAACGUCAAUUUACAUCAGCUCGAAUGCAUACAAAACAAGCAUGGAAAUAUGGCCGAUUCGAAAUUCGUGCACGUAUGCCUAAUGGACAUAAUCUUUGGCCUGCAAUUUGGAUGAUGCCACUGGAAAGUAUUUAUGGAAUUUGGGCUGCUAGUGGUGAAGUCGAUAUUGCCGAAUUUCGUGGUGAUAUUCUUGAUAAGAUCGAAGGUACAGCUCAUUAUGGUGGUACAUGGCCGAACAAUAUCUAUUCGGGCAGUGGACCACGAUCAUUUAACGUAAAUUUCAGUCAAGAUUUUCAUACAUUUGCAUUGGAAUGGGACCAUAAACAAUUACGAUGGUAUAUGGAUAAUCAACAAUAUUUUUCAUUCGACAUUGAUCGUAUGUUGUGGUCAGGUAAAGGUGCCAAUCCUUAUACCAAAAAUGGUCAACCCUUCGAUCAGCCAUUUUAUUUGAUGCUUAAUGUUGCUGUUGGUGGAAACUUUUUCGGUCCUGGUCCAUAUGUUACGCCGGAUCAAGCUCGCCAAUGGCCUAAACAUACUUUUGAAAUUGAUUAUGUCCGUGUUUAUCAACAAUAACAUUAAAAAUUUUAUAAAAUUACAAAGUAAUUUCAAAUAUUG